AUGACGUCUUUAACACAUGACCGCUAUACAAUCGCGUGGAUAUGCGCGUUGUCGCUGGAGGCCGCAGCUGCCCGUGUUAUGCUGGAUAAAUCCCACAGUCCGCUGUCUCAACCCUCCACCGAUCCGAAUGCCUACGAGCUUGGCGAAUUAAACGGCCACUAUAUUGUCAUUGCCUGCCUGCCAGCUGGCGUAUACGGAACAGUGGCUGCCGCGGAUGUGGUAUCUCACAUGUGUUCAACUUUCCCUCGGCUUCAAUAUGGAUUAAUGGUGGGAAUUGGAGGCGGGGUCCCGGGUAAAAAUAAUGAUAUUCGACUAGGCGACGUAGUGGUCAGCAAACCAGUUGGACAGUACAGUGGAGUGAUACAGUAUGAUUAUGGCAAGGCGGUUCAAGGCGGGAAAUUCGAGCAAACAGGCAUCUUGAACAAACCACCAAACACUUUUUUGACCCAUAUGAGUCAAUUGGAGGCAAAGAAAUGGACUGAGGGUGAGGCUGCUCUUGCCACAAUAGUGUCGGAAGCUCUGGAACAAAACCCCAACAUGCAAGAAAGAUUUUCGCCCCGAGAACAGCACACAGAUCUUUUUUUUCAUUCCUCUUAUCCCCAUGCCGCAGGGGAAGAUACCUGUGAAAAGUGUGAUAAAGAACAAUUAGCCAAACGAGAACCACGAGAUACACCGACACCUCAUAUCCACUAUGGAUUGAUUGCAUCGGGAGAUCAGGUAAUAAAGGACUCGGAAACACGAGACCGUCUAGCGCAACCGCAUGGAAUCCUCUGCUUUGAGAUGGAGGCAGCCGGCCUUAUGGAUCGGCUACCGACACUUGUGAUCCGAGGGAUAUGCGACUAUUGCGACUCUCAUAAGCAGAAACAGUGGCAAGGAUACGCAGCCUUGACAGCAGCAGCCUACACAAAACUAUUAUUAUCAGUCAUGCCUGUUGAGAUUACCCCAGAGACUACGGCACAAUCAAAAUCUGAUUUGACCAGUGAAGAUCAACGCUGCCUGCGAGAUCUUUUGCUGAGCAAUCCAGAUGAUGACCGAAGACGUAUUGAAGCCACUAAGGGUGGAUUGCUUGACGACUCAUUUCAAUGGAUCCUGGAUAAUGCUGAAUAUCAAAGAUGGUGGAAUCGUCCGGGGAGCCAACUCCUUUGGAUCAAGGGAGAUGCUGGGAAGGGUAAGACUAUGCUUAUAAUUGGGAUAAUCAAGCAACUUCUGAAGCCAGAAUUAUCCAAAUUGCCCGCCUAUUUUCUAUGCCAAGGAACUGACCCCAGACUAAACAAUUCUAUCGCUGUCCUGCGGGGCCUGAUUUAUAUGUUAAUCAUCCAGCAGCCGCACAUAAUCUCACACUUGCGACAAAGAUACGACACGGAAGGUAAAAGACUGUUCGAAGGUGUAAAUGCUUUUUACAGCUUGUCCGCUGUUUUCGAGAACAUUAUUGGAGAUCUGCGGCAAUCUACAGUAUACCUGCUCAUUGACGCUCUUGAUGAGUGUGAAGUGGACUUGAAAAGCUUACUCGGACUAAUUAAAAAAACAAUGUCCAUGCCAUCUGUCCAGGUCAAAUGGAUAGUCUCCAGUCGCAAUGUGAAUCAUAUUGAGCAAAUCCUAGAUGCUGAUCGUGGGGCCAACAAGCUCAGCCUUGAACUCAACGCGGACCGCAUAUAUCAUGCAAUCGAGACAUAUAUCAACUACGAAGUAUCACGCCUGGGAUUCCUUGAGCAUGAUCAAGGACUCCAGGAACAGGUCAGAGAUCAACUCCGCCAAAAGUCCAAUGGAACUUUCUUAUGGGUAGCCCUUGUAAUUAAAGAACUUCACAAAUGCCUUUUUGAAAGCGAAGUCCUCGACACCCUUGAAGACAUCCCAACAGACCUCUCCGGGCUCUAUGAUCAAAUGAUAACGCAGAUAGAUCGACUUCAGAAUCGGCGCCGUAAUAUCUGCAUAAUGGUUUUGUCGAUGGUUGUUCUCGCCUAUCGCCCGCUGCACUUAUCUGAGAUGCGCCACCUAACCGGUAUGGACAAAAAUAUGGAAUUAGAGAGGGCGGUCGGCCUGUGUGGAUCAUUCCUUACUAUUCGUGAUGAAUAUAUCUAUCUAAUCCACCAGUCGGCCAAAGACCAUCUUGAUACAAUUUAUAGGACUACUUCCAUCUUACGAGAUCGGUCGGAGAUUCACCACGAAAUGUAUAGCCAAUCCCUAAAGACACUCAAAAGCAAACUACGACGUAACAUUUACAAUCUUCAAGACCCUGGUGUUUCUGCUUCAGAGAUGGCAAAUUUCCGACCACACCCUGACCCGUUGUUCGAUCUGCGAUAUAGUUGCACAGGAUAUCAUCUUCUCCACUGGUUGGAGAGCCUUAGCCUGAUUGGCGAGAUCCGACACGGGAUAGUAGGUCUCAGAAAGCUCUCAGCUGCGUAUGCCCAGCACCAGUCUGUCUUCAAGGAAGCCGAGAGAUUUGCAAGUGUCAAUGGGUCUAUAAUCCGAGAGACACCUCUACAAACAUAUGGUGCCGCACUUGUCUUCUGUCCUCAAAAUAGUGAGAGCAAGAAACUCUAUUGGGAUGAGCGAUUAGAGUUUAUAGAGCAGGCAUAUAUAACGCAGGAAUCCUGGGAUCCAUGCAUGCAAGUCAUAGAGGGCCAUACACUCCCGGUUAAUGCAGUGGCCUUCUCACCUGAUGGGCAGACAGUCGCGUCUGCUUCCUGGGAAAGCAUCAUCCAGCUCUGGGAUACAGCCACAGGUGCGGCAAAGCAGACGCUGCAGGGUCAUACAGACGGGGUCAAUGCAGUGGCCUUCUCACCUGAUGGGCAGACAGUCGCAUCUGCUUCCGGGGAUAAGACCAUCCGGCUCUGGGAUACAGCCACGGGUGCUGCGAAGCAGACGCUGCAGGGCCACAUAUAUGGGGUUAAUGCAGUAGCCUUCUCACCUGAUGGGCAGACAGUCGCAUCUGCUUCCGGGGAUAAGACCAUCCGGCUCUGGGAUACAGCUACGGGUGCUGUGAAGCAGACACUGCAAGGCCAUACAUACCCGGUUAAUGCAGUGGCCUUCUCACCUGAUGGGCAGAUAGUCGUGUCUGCUUCCAGAGAUAAGACCAUCCGGCUCUGGGAUAUAGCCACGGGUGCUGCAAAGCAGACACUGCAGGGCCAUACAGGCGGGGUUAAUGCAGUGGCCUUCUCACCUGAUGGGCAGAUAGUCGCGUCUGCUUCCAAGGAUAAGACCAUCCGGCUCUGGGAUACAGCCACGGGUGCUGCGAAGCAGACGCUGCAGGGCCAUGUCAAUACAGUGGCCUUCUCACCUGAUGGGCAGACAAUCGCGUCUGUUUCCAAGUGGUAUAACACCAUCCGGCUCUGGGAUACAGCCACGGGUGCUGUGAAGCAGACGCUGCAGGGCCAUACAGGCGGGGKUAAUGCAGUGGCCUUCUCACCUGACGGGCAGACAGUCGCGUCUGUUUCCGAGUGGGAUAACAACAUCCGGCUCUGGAAUAACACCAUCCGGCUCUGGGAUACAGCCACGGGCGCUGUGAAGCAGACUCUGCAGGGCCAUAAAUACCGGAUCAGUGCAGUGGCCUUCUCACCUGAUGGGCAGACAGUCGCGUCUGCUUCCGAUGCCACCAUCCGGCUCUGGGAUACAGCCACAGGUGCUGCGAAACAGACGCUGCAGAGCCAUAUAGGCGGGGCCAAUGCAGUGGCCUUCUCACCUGAUGGGCAGACAGUCGUGUCUGCUUCCUGGGAUAAGACCAUCCAGCUCUGGGAUACAGCCACAGGUGCGGCAAAGCAGACGCUGCAGGGUCAUACAGACGGGGCCAAUGCAGUGGCCUUCUCACCUGAUGGGCAGACAGUCGUGUCUGCUUCCUGGGAUAGGACCAUCCAGCUCUGGGAUACAGCCACAGGUACUGCGAAACAGACGCUACAGGGCCAUACAGACGGGGUCAAUACAGUGGCCUUCUCACCUGAUGGGCAGACAGUCGCGGCUGCUUCCAAGUGGUAUAACACCAUCCGGCUCUGGGAUACAGCCACGGGUGCUGUGAAGCAGACGCUGCAGGGCCAUACAGACAGGGUCAAUGCAGUGGCCUUCUCACCUGAUGGGCAGAUAGUCGCGUCUGCUUCCAAGGAUAAGACCAUCCGGCUCUGGGAUACAGCCACAGGUGCUGUGACAGAAACACAUGACCUUGAUACAAUACCAAUGACCCUGUCAUUCUCAGCUGACGGCUGUUCUCUGAACUUUGAUCAUGGCUCACUUUCCUCGAAUCGUAAAGGCCGACACUCCUUUAGAAACGAAAUAUAUGUAGUUGAGAAAUGGAUAAGUCGCAACGGGCAACGCUUGAUCUGGCUUCCACUACAGUAUCGGGCGACAGAUGUGCUUACCCGUGACAACACAACGGUUCUAGGUCAUAGCUCAGGUGGCUUGACAUUCCUCAGGUUAAAUUAG